AUGAAGGAGACGGUGAUCAGAACCACUACAAAAUGGUGGUACUACCGAGACGUCAAGCAGACAUCAACUCCAGUUGGUGAGUAUGUAGUCGAUGUCCGCACAAGUCGCACCAUUGGGCGAUUCCCAUGUCCACCAACGAUGAUCGUUCUUCAUGAGAAGAGAAUUCCCAUGAAGGAGGCGGGCGGCGAACAGCAACCCAGCGAGACGAUUGCCAUUUUCAUUCCGGUCCCCUAG